AUGAGUCCUACGCUUUACAAUGUCCCGCUCAAGCGUUCCCAACCCCAUUAUUCAGGUAAAUAUCAUCUCUUUGUCCUUGUUCCUGUAGAGCCCGUCGGACGAGUUUCGCCAAAAUUCGCUUCCGUAGUCAUGGGAACAAUGAUCGGUGUGAAGAAAACAGAGUCAUUUGUAUUGCAAUGCCCAGCUCAAGCAUUUCCUGUACCAGUAUUCAGAGCCAAUGGGAAAGAACCCGUCGGUCGUGUUUCACCUAAAUUUACAACUACUGACAAAAGUCGUGCCUUCGAUGCUAAAGAAAGCGAUAACAUCACGAUUUUGUGUCCCGCGCAAGCGUUCCCUGCACCGGCGUUCAGGUAUAAUAUUGACUAUCAUAUUACAUUUUCUUUCGUAGAACCCAUGGGCAGUGCAGCUCCAAAAGUAGCAAAACCUAUUAAUACCGCGCCGCCGAAAGUUCCGAUAAAAACAAUAGAAUUUUUGGAUUUUGCAAUGGGCUCCAGUAUCACUCUAUUUUGCCUGGCGCAAGCUUAUCCCGUUCCAGUAUUUAGGGCUAUUACCGUAGUGACAUUAUAUCUUCUAGAACCAAUCGGCUCCAAGAGCCCGUCGUUUUCGAGCGGUUCGAAACUAGCGUCCUUUGAUUUGAAUAAGGAUCAAGACUUCGCUCUAUUAUGUCCCGCGCAAGGGUUCCCGGUCCCACUCUUUAGCGCAAGGCUUUCCAGUGCCAGUUUUCAGGUGAAUAAAGUGCUAAUUUUAUUUAUAGAACCUAUUGGAUUUAAGUCACCUACAUUCUCUAACGAUGUACAGUUCUCUGGAAUAACACGUAAAACGAAUCAAGACUUUGCCAUGUUAUGUCAAGCUCAAGCAUUUCCGGUUCCAUUAUUCAGGCUCAAGCGCACCCUGCUCCUAUUUUCAAGUGAGUUCCCAAUAUGUCACUACGAUAUUUGUUUUAUUCAGAACCCGUAUCAGCCAGAGCCCCGACAUUCCCCACUUCUGCGUCAUCUUAUAAUUAUGAUAUUGAGGCUACUUCUGGAGGUUCGAUGCUUUGCCAAGCACAGGGGUACCCCCAACCAAUGUUCAGAACCAGUGGGUUCCAAGCCACCGACCUUCUCGAACGAUUUAACUUCUUCAGCAGUAACAAGACAUAAGGACCAAAACUUUGCUUUAACCUGUCAAGCUCAGGCGUUUCCUAUACCAAUUUUCAGGCAAAGCCGGUCGGAGCUAAGUCCCCUACUUUUUCGUCUGAAUCAAUGGGAAGUAUAUUUAGAAAGCGUGUCGGUCAAAGCUUCGGUCUUCUAUGUCAGGCUCAGAGUUACCCUGCCCCAGUCUUCAGGCAAGUUAAAUUUUAUAGAAUUGGAACCGACUAAUAAAAUAGCACCUAGAAAAGAUUCGGCUCUCAACUUCGAGGGUUGGGAAGUAUUUCUCGUACAUCAGAAUGAUGUAGCCUAUUUAAAAUGCCAAGUUGCCGCGUAUCCCGCCCCAGUGUUUAGCGUAGACACCUGGUGGUAUAAAUUCAUCGACGGAUCGGCAAGAAAGCAACCAGUAGUAUUGAAUGACAGAGUGAAACAAGUGUCUGGUACUCUUAUUAUCAAAGAAGCAAAAGUUGAGGACUCGGGAAAAUAUCUGUGCGUCGUUAAUAAUUCUGUUGGAGGCGAAUCUGUGGAAACUGUAUUAACAGUGACAGCCCCCCUUAAGGCCGCAGUUGAGCCAGCGACACAAACCGUUGAUUUCGGACGUCCCGCCGUGUUUACCUGCAGAUUUGAAGGAAACCCCAUCAAGACUACUACCUGGUUAAAAGAUGGCAAGGAUAUGAAUCACCAUGACCACGUAUUGAGGAUCGAAUCUGUCAAGAAAGAAGACAAGGGAAUGUACCAAUGUUUCAUUCGGAACGAUCAAGAAAGUGCCGGCGCCAGCGCAGAACUUAAGUUAGGAGGACGUUUUGAACCACCACAAAUUAGACACAGCUUUUCCGAACAGACCCUCCGCUCUGGUCCCUCUCUAAGACUGAAGUGUGUCGCAUCUGGUAACCCAACACCCGAUAUCGCAUGGCAACUCGACGGAGACAAGCUGAACAGUGGUGAGAGGCUGCAAAUUGGACAAUUCGUCACUGCCGAUGGAAACGUGGAAUCACAUCUUAACAUCUCCUCUGUACACACAAACGAUGGAGGCUUGUACUCUUGUAUCGCUUCGAGCAAGGUUGGCAGUGCAUCGCAUUCAGCACGUGUUAACGUAUACGGUCUGCCAUACGUCCGGCCUAUGAAGAAACGCCCCGUCGUCGCUGGAGACACUCUUAUCGCCCACUGCCCCGUAGCUGGAUACCCCAUUGAUUCUAUUGUUUGGGAGCGAGAUGGACGAGUAUUGCCAAUCAACCGUAAACAGAAGGUCUUCCCCAACGGUACCCUGGUCAUCGAAAAUGUUGAACGUAUGAGCGACCAAGCAACAUACACCUGCGUCGCUAAGAAUUCGCAAGGUUACAGCGCGCGCGGACAACUCGAACUGCAAGUUAUGGUUCCCCCACAAAUACUGCCAUUUGAAUUUGGCGAUGAACCAGCAAACGCUGGGGACAUGGCAUCAAUUUCCUGCGCCGUUAGUAAGGGUGACCAACCUCUGAACAUCUCCUGGAUUUUCAAUGGACAACUCAUAUAUAGACAUAACGACUUGGGGAUAGUUCUGACCAACAUAAACAAAAAAACAUCGAUACUCAACAUCGAUUCCGUCAAUGGCAGCCACAGAGGCACCUUCUCUUGUGUGGCUUCUAACUCUGCCGGUUUCGUAAACCAUAGCGCUGUACUCGAAGUUAAUGUUCCACCACAAAUUACCCCUUUCGAAUUCGGCGAGGAAAUACUCAACGAGGGUGAAACGGCUUCCGUAUCAUGCGUGAUGAGCAAGGGAGACCUGCCCGUUACUUUCAAAUGGCGUUUCAACGGAGAAGUAAUAAUUCCACGCAAUAACCUCGGCAUAGUCCUAACCACGAUCAGCAAGAAAACAUCUAUCUUAAACAUCGAAGCUGUCAAUGCAGUUCACCGCGGGUCGUAUACUUGUGAAAUCCGAAACGAAGCGGGCCACACUAAUCAUACCACUCUCCUUAUACCUCCUCAAAUCUUGCCUUUUGAAUUCGGCGAUGAGCCUGCAAACGCCGGGGACCCUGCCUCCGUCCAAUGCGUCAUGAAUAAGGGCGAUCUGCCUGCGAAUUUUUCGUGGAGUUUGAAUGGAAAGCUAAUAUCCCGCGCGAAUAGUCUCGGUGUCGCGAUAGGAAGCAUGAGUCGAAAGAUGUCCAUCCUCAACAUUGACUCCGUAAAUGGAACGCACCGGGGAGUUUACGCUUGCCACGUACAGAACCUAGCCGGAAACGCAAAUCAUAGCGCAACGCUAGAAGUCAACGUAUUACCUCAAAUCCAUCCCUUCACGUUCGGUGACGAGCCCGCCAAUGCGGGUGAUACAGUCGGGCUGCAGUGUAUGGUGACGAAAGGAGAUAAACCCAUUAACAUCACUUGGUACUUGAAUGGCAAAUCGGUGUUAAACGUACCCGGAGUGACAGUAACUAAAAUUGGUCACAAAUCGAGCAGUCUGUCCAUAGACGCCGUGUCCUUCAUACAUACAGGAGUUUACACCUGUUUCGCCUCCAAUCAAGCGGGUCACGCUAAUCAAUCCACAGAUUUAGUAGUUAACGUUGUACCGCAGGUCACACCUUUCGAUUUUGGUGAGGAAAUUCUAAAUGCCGGGGAUACAGUAUCUCUCACUUGCACGGUAGGGAAGGGUGAUUUACCACUAAAAAUUCACUGGCAGCUCAACAACGAGGAUCUUAAUUCGGGCAAUAGUGUAUUCAUCAAUAGAAAUGGAAAGAGAAUAUCAAUUCUCAGUAUAGAGAACGUUCAACACGAACACGUUGGAAACUAUACUUGUAUCGCCGAAAACGAAGCAGGCCAAAGUAGCCACAGUGCUAUCCUCAAAGUUAAUGUCGUGCCCCAAGUAAUGCCCUUCGACUUUGGAUCUGAUCCUGUCAAUGAUCAAGAAAUGGUAGUCGCUAUGUGUACUGUCAGCAAAGGUGACCUUCCGCUCACCAUUCAGUGGUUUUUCAACGGGAGCCCUUUGAAAUCGGAAACAAACGGUGUACUCCUCACAAAUUCCAAACGUACUAGCCAACUCACCAUAGAGUCUGUGACUCACCAUAACCAAGGAAAUUACACGUGCUUUGUCAAAAACCAAGCUGGAAGUGUUAACCAUACAGCAGUAUUAUAUGUCAACGUCCCGCCUCAAAUAAUCCCCUUCGAAUUCGGCGAAGAAACUGUUAACGCCUUGGAAAUGGUGUUAGUAACUUGCACGGUCAGCAAAGGCGAUUUACCGCUUUUAAUAGAAUGGUACUUUAAUGGAAAUAAAGUGAAAUCAGGCGAUAUUGGAAUAUCUUUAAUGAACACGAAACGAACCAGUCAGCUGAGUAUUGAGUCGGUAACCCAUCAAAAUCAAGGCAACUACUCCUGCGUAGUCAAAAAUCAAGCGGGCGUUAUGAAUCACACUUCACAACUUUUCGUCAACGUGGCGCCUAUUAUAACGCCUUUUGAAUUCGAUGAGUCGGUAUUUUUCGGUGAAGGAGUUCAAGUGACUUGUCACGUACCAAAAGGAGAUACACCAUUAAAUUUCAAGUGGAGUUUUAGUGAAGGAGAUGUGAGUUCUCUGUCAGGGGUAAACAUCAUUAACGCUGGGGACAGGGGCUCGGUUCUCAUUGUAGGUGCCGUUACAGCUAAACAUUCUGGCAAAUACACUUGCACAGCCUCUAAUACAGUCGCCAAGGCAAGCCAUCACGCAACGCUCAAUGUCAAGGUGGCACCGAUCAUAUCUCCUUUCGAAUUUGAUGAAGCAGUAUUUUACGGGGAAAGUAUACAAGUGAUGUGUCGCACUCCUAAAGGCGACACUCCUAUAGAUUUCACUUGGUCUUUCCGAGGGCGACCCUUGCAAAAAAUCGAUGCAGUCACGAUCACUAAAUUAGGAGAAAGGAGUUCUAUUCUAGUUAUUCCGUCCGUAACAGAGAAACAUAGCGGCAAUUACUCUUGCACCGCUUCAAAUGUUGUUGCAAACACACAUCACACAGCUGCACUACACGUUCAGGUUCCUCCACACAUCGUUCCAUUUGAGGCUGAGGAGCCAGUUUUCGCUGGAGAGUCUGUACAAUUAAAUUGCCACGUUUCUAAAGGCGAUGCACCCCUUACUAUUACUUGGAGCUUUCACGGAAAAGAACUGUCCUCCCACGAAGGAAUUAUCACUACGAAGAUCGGGCAACGAACAUCGUUACUUACGAUAUCGAACGCCAUGGCUGGCCACAGUGGCGAAUAUUCGUGUCACGCGGCCAAUCACGCCGGCCUUGCUCUUCAUUCAACUACAGUCAAUGUUCAUGUAUUACCAUACAUCGUGCCCUUUGAAGCUGACGAGUCAGUGUUCGCUGGUGAAUCGGUCCAGCUCAACUGUCACGUUUCAAAGGGCGACUUACCCCUUGACAUCAAAUGGCAUUUUCAUGGGUACGAAAAUUCAUCCUCGCAUCUCGGGAUUAUGACGACAAAAAUGACUUCGCGUACUUCUUUCCUUUCCAUUGCCGCGGCUAGCGCGAGCCACAGUGGCAAUUAUACCUGCGUAGCUACCAAUAGCGCUGGCUCCACUAACCACUCCACUGUCCUUAAUGUUCAUGUUACACCAAACAUUUUACCAUUUGACGUCGAUCAAGCCUUGUUCUCCGGAGAGUCUGUUCAGAUGAUGUGCCACAUCUCAAAGGGUGACACACCCCUCGAAAUACGGUGGAAAUUCAAUGGGGAAGAGUUGUCGCGAGACUUAGGGCACUUUUCGAAAGUUGGAGAUCGGUCAUCCGUUUUAGUGCUACCUUCUGUAAUGGGGUCACAUAGCGGCAAUUAUACUUGCGUUGCGAAAAAUCGUGCGGGGACAACGUCUUAUACCACCAUACUUAAAGUUAUUGUGGUCCCGUACAUAAUUCCCUUUGAAGUUGAAGAGUCGAUAUUCGCUGGAGAAUCAGUUCAUAUAACCUGUCAUGUAUCGAAGGGAGAUCGACCACUUCAAAUAUCUUGGAGCUUUCAAGGAGUCGAAAUUCCGUAUCACAAUAAUAUGGGCAUAACAACCACAAAAUUAGGAGAAAAAGCAUCCGUGCUUAGCAUUCCCACGGCUAUGGGUCAGCACAGUGGCAACUAUACUUGCACAGCAAGCAAUCGCGCCGGUCGAGCCCAUCAUUCUGCUGUCGUCAAUAUUCAUGUUCCACCCCAUAUAAUGCCAUUCGAGAUCGAAGAAUCAAUCUUUUACGGAGAAUCAGUUCAGAUGACGUGUCACGCAAGUAAAGGAGAUCGUCCGAUGACAAUAUCAUGGACCUUCGAAGGCCAAGAUCUCUCCACGCAGACGGGAAUAAAAACUUUAAAGAUGGCAGAACAAACAUCCUUUCUAUCGAUCGCAUCGGUCACUGGAGGUCAUAGCGGCAAUUACACGUGUAUAGCUAAAAAUAGGGCCGGAGAGGAUAGAUACUCUACGUCUCUUCAUGUUAAGGUCGUCCCCCACAUCAAACCAUUCGAGUUGGACGAAGCCGUAUUUGCAGGAGAAUCCGUGCACCUAGACUGCCAUAUACCCAAAGGCGAUAUUCCUCUUAGUAUAGCUUGGACCUUUCAAGGACAGUUCAUUACGCGUAGAAUGGGGGUAAAAACGACCAAACUAAUUCCUCCCGUGGUCCAACCAUUUUCGUUCGGAGAGGUUGCCCUGAAUUCCGGUCAAGUGGUAACGGCGGCUUGUUCCGUAAUUGAAGGAGAUCACCCUCUGCAGUUACGUUGGCUUUUUGACAAUGAGGCAAUCAAACCUAGAUCAGGAGUCACAGUAUUUAAUAUCGGGGAGAGAAGCGCCAUUCUCAGUAUCGGUUCGGUGUCACAUAGUCACGCAGGAAAUUACACUUGUGUAUCAGAAAAUGAAGCAGGAUUUGAUUCGCACACUUCAUCCUUGAUCAUCAAUGUUCCUCCGAAAAUAGCACCCUUUUCUUUUGGGCCCGAACCGGCUUUCCUAGGAGACUACUUUGCCUUGCAAUGUAUUAUCACUCAUGGUGAUCAACCAGUUAGAAUAGAGUGGACCCUCAAUAACCAAUCGGCUAAGCUAGUUCCCGGUGUAAGAAUAAGCAAUGUUGAUAGAAGAAGUAGCGUCCUCACUAUCGAAUCUAUAGCGGGAACACAUGCGGGCCUUUAUAACUGUACGGCGACAAACGCCGGGGGUGUUGUAUCAUAUUCAACCGAAUUAGUCGUCAAGGUACCGCCGGUGAUAGUGCCGUUCACAUUCGGGGAUGUUCCGUCGAAUCCCGGGGACGUUGUGGUUGUCAACUGCGUCGCCACGAAAGGGGAUUUACCGCUCGAGAUCUCAUGGACCUUUAGCAGUGAAACAAUUGAUUCGAAUAUGCACCGCGACAUCACGACAACGCCGCUGGGUCCGCGUGCAUCUGUGCUAACAAUAGAUUCUGUGAGCGCCAAUCAUCAAGGAAACUACACUUGCAUUGUCCAGAACCCCGCCGGACGUGCCGAAUAUGCAGCGACCCUCGUCGUUAAUGUUCUACCUCGAAUCGUUCCAUUCUCGUUUGAAACUCCACUGUAUGCCGGCCAGGCCACUCAACUGACCUGCCUUAUUUCGGAAGGCGAUCUUCCUCUAGACAUCCAAUGGUAUUUUGAAGGGCGACCUUUGAAAGAGUUAGCCGAAGUUACUGCAACUAAAAUAGCGAAAAGGGCAUCGUUGCUUCUGAUCGACCCAGCUGGGUGGUCAAACACUGGCAUUUAUACGUGUCUUGCCCGCAACCAAGCGGGUUCUUCCAACUUCUCUGCCUCGUUAGAAGUACAUGUUCCACCACGUUGGAUUUUGGAACCUACUGAUAAGGCAUUUGCGCAAGGCUCUGAUGCAAAGGUUGAAUGCAAAGCCGAUGGCUUCCCUAAGCCCCAAGUAACGUGGAAGAGGGCUGAAGGUGAUACGCCAGGCGAUUACAAAGACCUAAAACCAAAUAACCCAAAUGUAAAGGUUGAGGACGGAACUUUGACGAUUGCUAACAUUCAAAAGACAAACGAAGGAUACUAUCUUUGCGAAGCUGUUAAUGGAAUCGGUUCUGGAUUGUCAGCUGUCAUUCUUAUUAGUGUGCAAGCUCCACCUCAAUUUGAAAUUAAAAUGAGAAACCAAACUGCCCGACGAAGCGAACCCGCUGUACUGCAGUGCCAGGCCAAAGGAGAAAAGCCAAUUGGAAUUAUUUGGAACAUGAACAACAAACGCCUUGAACCCAAAUCUGACCCACGCUACACAAUCCGCGAAGAAAUCCUACCUGGUGGCGUUGUAUCCGACUUAAGCAUCAGACGCACUGAACGGUCCGACAGCGCCCUUUUCACUUGUGUAGCCACCAACGCUUUUGGUUCCGAUGACACUAGUAUCAACAUGAUUAUUCAAGAGGUCCCCGAGGCACCCUACGGUCUGAAGGUAUUGGACAAAUCCGGAAGGACUGUUCAGUUAUCUUGGGCUGCACCAUAUGACGGAAAUUCGCCUAUCAAGAAGUUCCUUAUUGAAUACAAACGGGCUAAAGGCAACUGGGAAAAGGAUAUCGAUAGGGUACUUGUCCCCGGGGACGCUACAGAAGCCGGUGUAUUCAGCCUCCGUCCAGCUACCGCUUACCACAUCCGCAUCGUUGCUGAAAACGAACUUGGAACCUCUGAACCUUCUGAGACUGUUACUAUCAUCACCGCUGAAGAAGCACCCACUGGAAUGCCUCAAGAUGUCAAGGUUGAUGCUGCUGAUAAGCAUACUCUUAGAGUGACAUGGAAACCACCACCACCUCAGGACUGGAACGGUGAACUGCAAGGUUAUUAUGUUGGCUACAAACUGGCGUCAAGCAACAAAUCAUUCGUGUUUGAAACUGUCGACAUCUCGAAGGAAUCUGGCAAGGAACACCAUCUCGAUAUCCUUAACUUGAAAACCUACACUCAAUACGCAAUCGUAGUACAAGCAUUCAACAAGAUGGGUUCCGGUCCAGUAUCAAACGAAGUUCGCGCCUACACUGCUGAAGGUGCCCCCUCUGCCCCACCACAAGACGUUCUUUGCACCACUCUUACUGCUCAAACUAUUCGCGUGUCCUGGGUUUCACCGCCUCUUGCUGCCGCCAAUGGACUUAUUAAGGCUUACAAAGUGAUCUAUGGACCCAGUGAAACUUGGUAUGAUGAGAAAACAAAAGACACAAAGAUCACUGCUAGCAGUGAAACUAUUCUACACGGUCUCAAGAAAUUCACGAAUUACUCAAUGGAAGUGCUCGCUACGACAAACGGAGGAGAUGGUGUUCGAUCCGCCCCAAUUCAUUGCCAGACUGAACAAGAUGUACCCGAAGCACCACGCGCAGUCAAAGCUUUAGUCAUGGGAGCGGAAUCUAUCCUUGUCUCUUGGAGACCACCAGCGCAACCUAACGGUGUUGUCACACACUAUAAUGUCUAUACGCAAGCUCAAAACGCUGAACCUCACCCGAAUAAGGUACCUGCAUCACAAACAAGCUAUUCCGCAACUGAAUUGAAAGCUGGACGCUACGAUUUCUGGGUGACUGCUUCUACCAUCAUCGGCGAAGGUCAACCCUCAGCGACCGCGUCUUGCAGCCCUAGUGACAAAGUACCCGCUAAAAUCGCAUCCUUUCGACGAAUCGUUUACCGCCACAUACAAGGAAGAUGUGAAACUGCCAUGUCUUGCUGUCGGCGUUCCCCCACCAAACAUUCUGUGGAAGGUGAAGGGACACCCACUAGAACCAUCAGAACGAUCACACACACCCUCUCUGUACUUGCUCCCCCCUUCCCACCACAACUUAGCAUUGCGUCCUCCUCGGUAUCAUCUCUUACUCUUCGCCUGAAGCCACCAGUAGACGCUGACCAGUCACCAGCUGCUGGAUACACCAUCCACUACAAACAAGAGUUUGGCGACUGGGAAACUGUUCAGAUUCCAAGCAACACCGAUACUUAUACUCUUGAAAAUUUGUUCUGUGGAUCAAGAUACCAGCUCUACGUCACUGCCUACAAUGGUAUCGGAACAGGAGAAGCUUCGGAUGUGGUCAUCGCUCGUACCCGCGGCUCCAAACCACCUGUUCCUCGCGCUGCUGACUUCAUCGAAGUUGGAAGUUCUUCUGUAACUCUGCAUCUGAAGCAAUGGCUGGACGGCGGCUGCCCUAUGAGUCACUUUGUUGUUGAAAAUAAGAAGAAGGGAGCUGCUGAAUGGAACCAAAUCUCGAAUGCUGUUAAGCCUGGUGGAAACUUUGUUGUACUCGACCUGGAACCUGCAACUUGGUAUGUCCUGAGAAUUACCGCCCACAACAAUGCUGGAUUCAAUGUCGCUGAAUACGAAUUCGCCACUCUCACUAUGACUGGAGGUACGAUCGCACCAAUACGGGAGGCCGGGGACGCGUCGCUCACGCCCGAACAGACGCUCAAGAUAAUCUUGUCGCACCUCAACCUUAUUGUGCCCGUGGUCGCCGCCAUUUUAGUCAUUAUUAUCGCGAUCGUCGUAGUCUGCGUCGUUAAGGGCGCUAGGGACCACCACCAUAAAGUGUUAGUACCUAUCCUGGCCACGAUAGUGGUGUUCAUUGUGGGAAUGGUCGUGAUCUGUUUGACGCUCGCACGAAGAAACACCCCCCACAGACUUCGAGGUCAGAAGGACUACUAUGACGCAGUUUACAACGCAUCUCAGGCGGCUUUAGGCGGCGGCGGUGGUACCCUGGACAAACGUGGAGGACUUCGCGAUGAACUCGGCUAUAUUGCUCCACCCAACAGAAAGCUACCCCCCGUACCUGGAUCUAACUACAACACUUGCGACCGUGUCAAACGACAAGCUGUAAUUAUGGGGGCGCAUUCGACGUGGGACCCGCGAAGGCACCACUAUGAACGCGUGCGCAGACCGCGCAUGCGUCGCACGGGAUCUGGCGAUACUAUAUCCACAGGCAUGGAAGAUGAAAUCUGCCCCUACGCAACGUUCCACCUCCUAGGCUUCCGUGAAGAGAUGGACCCCAGCAAGGCGAUCGCGUUCCCCCACCACCACCCAUCUCACGCUGGUACCCUGGCUCACCCCCACCAACAUCCCCACCACCCCGCUCACUCCCGCGCCGGAUCACAGAGCAUGCCUCGAGCCAACAGCCGAUACGCCCGUAAGAAUUCGCAAGGAGGACAAAGCGCCAUAUACUCAACCGCUCCCGAAUACGAUGACCCAGCUACAUGCGCUGAAGAAGACCAAUAUCGUGCCCGCUACUCUCGCCCUAUGUAUGCCUGUGGACCUGAAUAUGACGAGCCCGCCUGUUGCCAACCUGAAGACGAACAGUACACCGGCGCCUACGGCACUCCCUACUCUGACCACUACGGAUCCAGGCCCAGCAUUGGUACACGUAAAUGCGGCGGAUCUCCCGAGCCUCCCCCACCCCCACCCCGCAACGCUAACAACGACAACAACUGCUCCUCCUCAUUCAACGAAAGCAAGGACUCGAACGAAAUCUCCGAAGCCGAAUGUGACCAGCCCCGCAACUACCCUGUCAGGGCCCACACUGCCAAGGACGGCUUGCACACCGAGGAAAUGAGAAAACUCAUUGACAGACCAGAAGCAAACACCCCAAUCCCCCAGCAAGCAGUCCACGGGCGGGGGGGACUCACAGCCUACGAUACUGUGGCAGUGUAA